CUCUAGCAAAGCUAAUGAGUAUAAUCAAAUUGAUGUUGCUCCCACAUUAGCCAUUCUGUGGUCCAUGGAAAUUCCACCAAUGUCAAUUGGCUGUUUAAUACCCGAGCUUUUGCAUGAAUUUAGCUUAGAGGAUCAACUAUUUGCUUAUUACUACAAUGCUUUACAUUUAAUGCAAAAAGCUAACAACAAAUUUGGUCAAGAUUAUGUUAAUAAUAAUGCAUUCAGCAAAUGGUUUAUAACAGCGAAAUCGGCGCAUAAGCAAUUUCUUUUAGAAAAGCGUAAUAAUAAUUUUGAAAAUGCUUUCAUUUUCGAGGACUCUAAAAUACAUUAUAUACGUUUGGCACGCGAAAUUUCAAAUCAGCUCUCCGAUUCGUUAGUGCAAUUCGAUUACGGGCUGAUCACAUUAGGGCUUGCGCUAACCACAAUUGUGGUGCUCAAUGCGCUAUUGGCUUUUUGCUCGGCAACUGAUCGCGUUUUUAUUCAUGGCAAAGGCGCCUUCCUGUCCCUAUUAGCUUUCGCCGCAUGCAUAAAUAAAUGGUGCCAUUAUCAUGGGUAUUUCACGACUACUGGCACAAUGAGUACCGUUGUGAUAUUGCUGGCGAUAAUGGCUAGCGUUUAUAUGCUAAUAAAUAUAGCGAAUUUAUUAUUGCGACGAAUGCUCGCUAGCAAUAAUCUACAGAUCUCACUUCCUAAUCAAAUUUGGAUGCUGCUAAGCUGUUUACUAAUUCACACACUAACGCUGGCUUCUUCCUCAUUCAUCGAGAACGAGAAUAAAACUUGGCAUUAUCUUGGUGCUAGCGCUUUAAUUUUGCUUUGUGUGCAAAGUUUUCAAAAAGAGUUAUUGUCUUACAAGCUGGAUGCGUGUAUCAAUGGUGUGGCGCUGUAUAAAGUUCUUUUGCGCAAUUUACAAAAAUUACAGACAUCCUUUCUGAUAAUUGGUGGGUUGGGUAUUUUACACCGUUUAGACGGCGCAUCGUCUUAUCUAACGCAGGAAGCAACAAAAACAUGGUUAAGUUGCAUAUUCGUUGCGGGUUUGCUUCUAUAUGUGUUGUGUUUGCGCAAGCAUAAGCUCGUACAAACGCGUAAGGAGCUUGUGAUCUAUCUUAUUGCUGCCAUGCUGAUAUAUUGCUAUCGCGCUUCUAAGGGAGUGGUUUCCUCUGUGUUUGACACAAACUGUUGUGCUAAAAUUGUUUUGCACAUAUUUUGGAUGGUUGUCAUUAUUGCUGCUUGCAUAUCAACUGUGAUAUUAUAUACCAAACGUCGUCUUAGUUACCAAAUUCAACACACUUUGUUAGCUGGUUGUUUUAAAAUUCUUCUAACUUUACUGCUGACAAUUUGCUUGCUGCUGCAUAAGCCACACAAUGUUUGCCUAGUCGCUUAUUUGAUAUACACACUCUCUCUAUGUUAUGAGUUGUGCGGGAAAUUCGAAAAGAACACACUUCGCACUUCCAACUAUAAGUACUUGUCGAAACUGCUGUGCACUAUACUCGUGGGCAAUAUGUUUUACUUCUACCAGGGUAAUUCGAACAGUUUUGCCACCAUCGACCUAAAUCCAGGCUACAUUGGUCAAACUUCAUAUAAUCCAAUAAUUGUGGGUAUUCUUGUCACUUUAAAUAUGUAUUCCGCACAGUUUAUUGCAUUUUUAUACUUAAUUACGCAUAUUUUGCAAGAAAGUGAUAAUAACAAAACACAUGAUUUGUCUGCAAAUGAGCAUAUUGAUUUCAUUAUUUAUUUCUACACAUUAAGCAUAUUUGUACCGGUUUUAAUUUAUUUAUGGUUAUUGCUAUUCUUUCGUUACCAUCUGUUUAUUUAUUCAGUAUUUGCACCAAAAGCGCUGUAUGAAUUUUACCGAGUAAUUGUACUUUUCUUUACAUAUUUAAUGACAACGAUUAGCUUGUACAUAUUCGAUCAAAAAUAAAAGUUGUUUUUGUUAAAUUAUAAAAUAAUAA